AUGUCGGACACGGAGGUUGAUGACACAGGAAGGCCAAGGCGAGCUACAACCCAAAAACUAAUCGAGUUUACAGAAGAUGAGCGUGUAGAAGAUCAACCGCAAUUGUGUAGGCAACCUAAAAAUCCGCCGUUAAAGAAAAAAACAACAAAGAAGGAUCAAAAUUUGGAAAUCGAGUUGGAAAGAGAAAAAAUUGCCUUGGAACGCGAAAAACUUAAGAUAGAAAUGGAAAGAUUGGCUUUAGAAAGGGAAAAAAUUCAACUGCAAAAACAGGAAAAUGAACCAUCAGCAAAAGCUGUGCCGUUUAAGAUCAAAUUACAACCGUUUGACCCGAAAUGUGAUGACAUACUAACAUUUCUAUCGGAAUUUGAGGCUAUCGGGGAGCAAGCUGAAUGGAAUGAGAAACAAAAAGUCUUACAAUUAAGAACUCUUUUAACAGGUGAGACUCGUCAAAUUUCAUCCCAGUCAUCAUCUACAUUCGGUGAUUUAAGAAAGGCACUUGUUGAUCGAUAUGGAAAACGCCCACAUGAGUACUUUAAUGAACUCGUAAACGUAAAACGUGAAGGAAAUGAAACGUACAGAGGGUUGUUUUCAAGAAUAGAUAAGUACCUACGGAGAUCCAUUGAGGACAAGGAUCCAAUAGAAAUUUUGCGAGAAGAAUUUUUUCUAAAAGCAUUACCGCCAGCACAAGCACAAUGGGUAAGAAGAAACAAGGGAUCAUCUACUGUCGUGGAAGCUGCCGAGGACUACAUACCGCCAAAAGGACCAAGGGAAGUUGGACCAUCCCAGGGGUUUACCGGGAAUGGCAAAGGAUCUGGACCAUCUCAGGGAUUUACUGGGAAUGGCAAAGGAUCGGGACCAGGAAAUGGUCAAAACCAUGGAAAUCACAGGAAGGAUGUGAUAUGUUUUAAAUGCAAUGGCAAAGGGCAUUUUGCUAAUAAAUGUCCUAAAAUUUCAUUAGUGUCUAAAAUAAUUAAACAUGAAUGUGAUGGAUUAAUCUACAUUCCAGGACACGUGAAUGACAGGGAAGUUUCCUUUGUAAAGGAUACGGGAGCGUCAAUGACUUUAAUCAAGGAGGACCUGGUAGAUUCCUCAUGCAUUUUGGAGGGACAGAAGACCACACUGUACACAGCCAUUGGGCAGCCAUUUGAGGCCAAAAUUGGGAUAGUGAAACUCGACACUCCGUACUUCAAAGGACAUGCACAGGUUGGUCUUGUUCCUUCUCUGGUAGCAGAUGCGCUACUAGGAAAUGAUGUCAUUAGCAGGAAGAAUGUUAAUGUUGUGACGAGAGCACAAGUGCGUCAAGAAACAAAUGAAGAAGUAUUGUUUGACCGAAAAAUGAAUGAAUCUGAUGUAAAACCAAAAGAGAUUGAAGCAAUUAAGGACAGUGAAACAACAGAGACUGUAAACAUUGAGAACCUACAUGGAAUCAAUGCAGAAAAACUUGCAGAACUUCAGAGGAAUGACCCAAAGUUAAAAUCAUGUCGGGAUAAGGCUGUAUCGACAGAAACAGCCUGCACAAUACCACUCGCAUUUUAUUGGGAAAAUGGAAUCUUAAAACGAAAAUGGACAUCGGCAAACCAACAAAAGCAGGGAUAUCAAAUUGUCCUACCAAAAACUCUCCGACAAUCGAUCAUAAAACUUGCACACAACCAACCACUUGCAGGACACCUUGGAACAGAGAAAACAAAAGAACGCAUUUUGAAAUCUUUCUAUUGGCCAGGGAUGUUCCAUGAAAUCAGCGAUUACUGUUCUUCAUGUGACGUAUGUCAGAAAGUGGCAAAAAGAACCAAUGUGAAAGUCCCAAUGAUCAACACGCCAAUUAUAUCUACUCCAUUUUUCAAAAUAUCAAUGGAUAUCGUAGGCCCUUUGGCUAAAACAAAGAAAGGAAACAGAUUCAUUCUCACCAUUGUUGAUGACGCAACGCGUUACCCAGAAGCAUUCGCAUUGAAAAGCUGUGAUGCUGAGAGUGUGGCAAACGCUCUCAUUGAACUCUUUAGCCGGGUAGGCAUUCCGAAAGUUAUCUUGACUGAUCAAGGAACUAACUUUACGAGUAAACUCAUCAAGGAGUUAUUCACAUUGUUGAAAGUGAAGGGAGUGACAACUUCACCAUAUCAUCCUCAAGCGAAUGGAAAAACUGAACGUUUCAAUGGGACAUUGAAAUCGAUAUUAAAGAAGCUUUGCACAACUGAGGAGCUAGAGUGGGAUACUCUACUCCCAUAUGCAUUGUUCGCGUACCGUGAAGUCCCUCAUCAGGAGACGGGAUUCUCACCAUUUGACCUACUUUACGGGUGGCCAAUCAGAGGACCAACGGAAGUAAUAAAAGAAUUUAUGGCAGGAGAAGAGGAAAUCCAAAUGUCAACCAUCGAGCAUAUAAUCAAGAUUCGACAAAGGUUACAGGAUGUUACGUCAGUGGUAAAAGAAAAUCUGACAAAAAGGAAGGAAUUCGUUAAAAAAUGGUAUGACAAAACAGCGUCAAGGCGAGAAUUCCAACCUGGAGAUGAAGUUCUCAUCCUGUUACCAUCAGAAUCAUCACGAAUGGAGGCUCAGUGGAAAGGACCCUACCGUGUGACAGAACGCAUCAAUGAUGUCAAUUACAAAGUCAAUGUAGGAGGACGACGCGGAGUGGCAGUGUACCAUAUAAACCUUUUGAGAGAGUACAAAAGAUCCAUACUCUUUGUUGCUGAGAAAACAGAAGACACUGAUGGACUAGAAGAAGCGACUCCAUGCACUGAAAACAACGAAACCAUAAGCGAUUUGAAUUUUGGCGAAAAUUUAGACCAUUGUCAAAAACAGGAAGUCCGCAAAAUAUUCAUGAAAUAUGAAAAUGUUUUCACAAACAAACCUGGUCAUUGUACCCUGACGGAACAUAGCAUCAGAACAACAACAGAAACACCAAUAUUUCAAAGACCGUAUAGAAUUCCUGAAGCAAAACAAGCAGCCGUGAAGGACGCAAUUGAAGAAAUGUUGAAGCAGAGACAAAUUCAACCAUCAAAUAGCCCUUGGAGUUCGCCAGUUGUCCUUGUAAACAAACCAGAUGGAACUAUCAGAAUCUGCAUUGACUACCGAAAACUCAAUGAAAUAACAGUGUCAGAUGCAUACCCAGUCCCAAGAAUCAGCGACAUCCUGGAAAAAGUUGGAAAUGCCAAAUUUCUAAGUCAUUUCGAUCUGACCAAGGGAUACUGGCAAGUUCCGUUGUCAGAAGAUUCCAGAGAAAAAUCAGCCUUUGUGACCCCAUAUGGACUUUACGAAUUUUUAGGUAUGCCAUUUGGAAUGAAAACCUCACCUGCAACAUUCAUACGCCUAAUGGACAAGGUGUUACAUGACGAGAAAAAUGUUGUUACAUAUUUUGAUGAUAUAGUGAUUUUCUCAGAUUCCUGGGAAUCUCACCUUGAGGAUAUCGAGAAUGUUGUCAAGAAAUUGCAGGAAGCUAACUUGACCGUUCGCCCUUCAAAGUGUAAGAUAGGAGCUACACAAUUGAAAUGUCUGGGACACAUUGUCGGGAAUGGAAGCGUUACACCAGAUCCAUCUAAAGUACAGGCGAUUCAGGACUUUCCUCUUCCGGUGACGAAGAAAAACCUGAAGUCGUUCUUGGGAUUGACGGGCUACUACCGUGCAUACAUAGCGAAAUACGCCGAAAUUUCCGUAUUGCUAACCAACAUGCUGAAGAAAUCUGAACCGACAAAAUUAAAGUGGAACUCGGAACAAGUGACGGCAUUCAAACUCUUGAAGGAGGCCUUGAUGACAGCACCAGUCCUAAUAACACCAAAAUUUGAAAACCCGUUUAUUGUCCAAACUGAUGCAAGUCAAUACGCAAUAGGAGCCGUUCUCAGCCAAGAAAUGAUAGAUGGUGACCAUCCAGUAUCCUACAUCAGUAGAAAGCUAUUGCCGCGAGAACAAAACUACUCAACAAUUGAAAAGGAACUUUUGGCAAUUGUUUGGGCCAUAGGUUCUUUCUCCUAUUACCUGGACGGCAGGAAGUUCUUUGUGGAGACAGACCAUAAUCCACUUAGCUGGCUUCAUCGCAUGAAAGACAGAAAUCAAAGACUCUUACGUUGGGCCCUUUCAUUACAACCGUUUGAUUUCGAAGUAAGAUACCGCAGAGGCAGUAAAAAUCAAAAUGCAGACAGUUUAUCGCGUAUAUAA